AUGUCGACACCAGCCAACAAUAUCAGCGCAGAAGGCGCAACAUCGUCUGCGCCUGAGCCAUCGAUCAGACGACUUCCUGCGCCCAGCACGCCGAGAGAUGCGCGGAUCAUCGCCUUGCUGUUAGCGUCUAUGGGCGUGCAAUCGGCAUCGGAAGGCGUCAUUCGGGUUCUGAUGGAGUAUGCACAUCGCUAUACGGUCGAUAUCCUAUCCGAUGCUCUGGUGUAUGCUGAACACGCUGGAAGGGCGCAUGCCGCCCAUGGACCGGACGUUGAAGACGUUCGUCUUGCGGUUCAAGCCAAGGUGGAGCAUUCAAUGAGUGUUCCCAUGAGUAAGGAGUUCCUCCUUAAUCUGGCCGACAACCUCAAUCGAACGGCUCUUCCUCCAAUCCCCGAGCGCUACGGGAUCCGACUCCCUCCUGAAAAAGAUCGCUUGACGGCACCUAACUUCGAUAUCGCGCCCAAGCCCCCUCCUACAGACGCGGAAACUGCGAGCGAUUACGAAGACGGCAUGUUUGGAGGGAUCGAUGACGACGACAGUAGUGACAGCGAUAGUGAUAGUGAUACAGAGAUGGACUUCGCACCCGUCAUCACCAUCAAUGGCAAUGGCAACGGUAAUUUGGCACCUGACCAAGGCAGAAGGAGACUAGAGGAUGUUGAGGAGGAUGAUUACGAUUGA